AUGGCAUGGCUCAAGAACUUCUUGCGCUACGAUCAGUUCUGCGACAUCCUUGAUGAGGCAAAAAAGGCCGAAAGACUUGUCAUUGGUCGUCGACUUGCCGAGGCUGCUUGGUACAAGGUCGUGGUUCAGGCAUACAAGUCCAUGGAUGAAGGAAUGGAGCAACGGGAGGGGCAUGCAUUCCAGGCAAACUUAGAGUGUGUCAGUGAUUGUUUGGCACGGGUUAGUCCAAAUUCUUUCAUGCAUGCGAAAUCGUGA